AGAUAAUCCAAGCUACUUCACAGUAUAAACAGAACCGGCAGCCGGCGAUCUUGCGUACAUACCAAUAAGAGUGUAGUGAAUACCUAGCUUCGGUACCAGUUGUAUGAUCUUUUAGUAUACUCUAAUUUCUAUUGCUUGGUGACCGACAUCAGCAUCUGUAAAAUGAGCUUCACCUGAAUUACUUAAUUUGAUUUGCAACUAAUAAGCGACGAAAUAAUCGAAGUCGCUGAUGGGAUUGGGAGAGAUUUCCAUUCAAAGCAAAAUCAAUACUCACCAGAAAGACUGAACGGAGCAAAAUAUACACAACACAGUAACACACGAAGCCGACUAAAUCCAAACCAUAUCCAGUGAAAAUUACACAUCAACGUACACACAAUGAACAGCGGCUACAAUAACGAGAACAGGCCAGUAUAUCUAACACCCUCACGCGGCAACCAUGGUGAUACCAAGCGAAGACUCACGGAAAGAGUCAACGUACAAGCAGAUGCCAUUGCACAACAUAUGUACGACGUCAAGGCGGCCAGAGGGAGAUUCGAUGUGUGGGUACAACAGCAGGGAACUAGCAUUCAGCGAUGCGCAGCAGACCAUAGAGAUAAGCUAGCACAACAGGAAGAUCAUGUCUCCGACGCACAAAUAGCCUUGGCACGGAUACAAAGGCAAAAGGAGGACAAUGCUCGAAAAACAAAGCAGCGAGAAGCACACGUCGCGCAGAUGAAAGCGGAGCAAAAGGAACUCAUAAACCGAAAAACACAGUACGAAGGCAUGCAAUCAGAGCUGGAGAGGGAGAUAGAUGCAGGGCAACAUGCAUUGGACGAGAAACGCCAAGUAUGUCUCCUUCCAAAGCGAAGAGAAACCUCGCUGGACAUGUACGACCACGCGAUCUCGAAAUACAAACAAUGGAUGGGACUUUCAAUACGCAAGGAUGUCGGUGACGGCAGGCAUAGGGGUAUAUUGGUGACCUUCACACUUAUUGACCACCACGAUCCUGAUCGAGGAUUCAACGCUCAUCUUUUAAUCAAUGACAAGAACCAGUUUUUGGCUGGCUCUAGUGAACCCCGGAUAGACCUUCAGGCCGCUGUCGAUGUGAUGAACGAAACAAGUAUGUAA